AGGAGGUGGAGAGGGAAGUCAGCGACGUAUAAAGGAGGCCUGAUGAUCUGCACUGUGUUCUACGGCCUGUGGCAGGCUCAGGUGACACUUGGCCUCCUUUGAAGUGGAAGCAGCAUGGUGGUUCUGGCCCUGACAAUCCUUGUAGGUGCUGUGUCUGUGCUCUCGCUGGGGGUUCUGCUGUGGGUGAUCUGUAAACACUUUUGGAUCGAACACAUCCCGGAAGGCAUCACUCACCCCAUGAGGCUGCGAUUCCUCAGUUGCUUUCUACACUUGUCAAUGACAUGGGGGAUGAUUUUUGAGAAGCUGGGACUGUGUUAUGCGGCCCAGUUUGCCAGUUUUCUGCAUGAUCUGAAGCCACUCAAGAAAGACCCUGAUGUUGUAGUCACAGAUAUUCACUUUGGGACAGUCCCUGUGAAGUUGUACAAACCCAAGGAACCCUCCUCCACCCCCAGGACUGGCAUCAUCUUCUUCCAUGGUGGUGGAAGCAUCCUGGGGAGCUUGAGAACCCACCACAACAUAUGCUUGCGUUUGGCCAAGGACUGUGACUCUGUCGUGGCAUCAGUCGGAUACAGAAAGUCUCCCAUGUACAAGUACCCAGUGAUGAAAGAAGACUGUGAGACAGCUACUGUCCACUUUCUGAGAUCACUGCAUGUGUAUGGAGUGGAUCCAGCUCGAGUUGUGGUCUGUGGGGACAGCAUAGGAGGGCAUGCAGCCACUGUGGUUUGUCAAGAGGUUAUGAACCGAAAAGAUCUCCCCAAGUUCCGGGCUCAGGUUCUGAUAUACUCCCUACUGCAAAGCAUAGAUUUCCAGAGCCCUUCUUAUCAACAAAAUGACAAUAUCCCAUUGCUUUCUUGGAAUCUGGCCUUUUAUUGCUGGUGUUGUCACCUAGACAUAAACUCUUCCUGGAAAAGUGUCAUCAAGAACGGUAAGCAUCUGCCUCCCGAAGUCUGGGAGAAAUACAGAAAGUGGUUGGGCUCAGAACACAUCCCGGAGAGAUUUAAGAAGCGAGGCUACCAACCUGUACCCCCGGGGCCUGUAAAUGAAGAUGCUUACGAGGAGAUCAAGUUCAUACUGAAUGCUACCUGCUCACCCCUCAUUGCAGAAGACGAUAUAGUGUCUCAGCUCCCAGAAACCUGCAUUGUGAGCUGUGAGUAUGACCUUAUCCGAGACCACUCACUCCUAUACAAGAAGAGGCUGGAAGAUCUGGGGGUGCCUGUGACGUGGCAUCAUAUGGAGGACGGUUUCCAUGGAGUGCUAAACACUUUUGACAUUAGGUUCCUGAGCUUCCCUUGCUCCUCAAGAAUUAUGGAUGUGGUUAUCCAGUUUAUUAAAAAACUGUGACCCUCACUCCUUCCCUGGUGUGGGAGGGUGGGGAGGGUAAGUGUCCCAUCAACCUAGUCUGAGUUCUAGAAUAAUAUACAGUGUCUGUGGUCUUUAUGAUGACCAUAGAGGAGGCAGGCUGAGGAGGAUGGAGUGAGGCUCUGUGUCUUCAUUCACUAUUGGGGGAAAUCUGAGCUGACCAUUUCCAGCAUCCAUUUGAGAGACUGUAUCUCUGCAGGAAGCCUGCCCAUUAUCUGCUUAGCUAGAAGUCAGGCUGUCUAGGCUGCUUGAGACUAUAUGAUAGGUGUAUCUGGUUAUGUGGCCUUGGAGAAAACAGCUGUGUUGUGUUACAGUCUCCAUGAGCUUUGCCAGACUGUCUCAGAGUGUAGCUCUUCUCAUGCCCAAGUCUGGUUUGUGGUGGUGACACUCCCUGAGUAACCCAGCUUGCUUGAACUGAAAGCCAGGAGACAGUGGAGACAGAUUCCUCAUGGUACAUAGCUCCUAGACAGAGCCAGGUGAAGACAGCCUGAGUUAUCUACCUGGGAGAACUUAGAAGUUCUGGGUGUCAGGGUAGAGUUCCCAACAAAUGGCCCUGAAGCACCAUCAUAAAUAUUAAAUGACCAGAGUGGGAGGGAAGCUGAGUUCAACCAAGCUCAGACCACAUUCACACUGGGAGAUCCAGAGAAAGCCAAUGGAGCAGAUGUGCUAGUGCUGACUAAGCACUAAGCUGACCAAGUUCUAAGAGAAAGAAUCAAUGCAUAGUGCCUCAUAGAGAUGUAAAGUGGAUUGCCAUACAUAUUAGUGAAAACUAGGUAUGAAUCGGGUGUGGUCUGAUGUAGGGACUCGGAAAGGACCACUGGCUUACCCUUAUUCAGCCUCUGCCCUUCUCUACUUCGUGCUGGCAUCUUCAUCUCUCUAUGCAGUGGCCCUGAACAACUAAUUCCCUGCUGGGGCUGGAGAGAUGCCUCAGUGGUUAAAAGCACUGUCUUGCUCUUCCAAAGGUCCUGAGUUCAAUUCCCAGCAACCACAUGGUGGCUCACAACCAUCUGUAAUGUGAUUUGAUGCCCUCUUCUGGCAUGCAGGUGUACAUGCAGAUAGAGCACUCAUA